AUGAUGAGUGAUAAUAUAAGUCAAGGUAAAACAAGUGACAGUGAGCCGGAGGAGGAGUCUGUAGAAGAUGAAGCAGAAGAACUGGAGGAUGAAAUAUCCUGGCAUGAAGAUGAAUCAAAAGAAGAAGAUUUACUAGAAUCUGAACUGACUGAGGAUGAGGAUAAUGUUGAAGAUGAGAAACCAACUAUUCAGUUGCUGCAUUAUGUUGAAGAAGACCAGGUGGUAAUUUCUGCAUUACCCCCGCAUAUUUUAAAACAGGAGGGAAAUCAGCUUGAAGUGUCAUCUAGCCCUGCCUUUCAGAGUCUUGAUACGCUUUUUAAAGAAGGAAAACUUACCGGCACAAAAACAGCCUUUCUGAAAGCGAAAUAUACUUACCUUCAUGAAACUCUCAAGAGCACAAGGGAAAGGGAAACUCAGCUGUUACAAGAUGCUAAAAAUUUUGCAAAUGAGCUGGAUCGUCAAAGAGUUGAACUUGAAAAGGCAGACAAUUUCCCAGAUAAUUCUAACACAGAAGUCUCCAAGAUGAGAGAACAAUUGUUGAAGUACUACAAUGAACUUGCUCAGACAGAAGAAAGGCAGUACCAACUGGAGUAUAAAAUUGAAAGUUUGGAGGAGGAAAAGAAAAUUGUUGAAAGAGAAUACAACAGGCUUCCAAAACAAGGGGAAGUAGAGAAGAAAAUCAAAGAACUACAGAACACCUGUGAAGAGCUCAGAAGAGAAAUUGUGCAAAGACAAACAGAAGUUAAAACACUAACAGAGGAUCUGGAAUCAACUCAGCGGCAAACUGCAAAUGACCAAAAGGAGUUUGAGAAGCUAAACGAUGAGGUGGAACGAUUGAAGGCUGAAUUGGUCCAAGUAAGCACUUUGCCUGCACACACUGCUAAAGAAAGUGACAGAAUUUCCAGAAAGAAAAAUGAGGUGACGGCCAAAAUAGAAGUCCUGAUCACUGAGUACCAAGAUCUUGUUGAGAUGGCAAAAAGUCUAGAAACUCAGAGAAAGGCUUUAGAAGAGGAGAAACUGUUUGCUGACAUUGAACUAGAGAAUGAGAAAGCCAAGCUGAAUGACAAUGAAAGACAACUGGCCGCCCUCUUGAGGGAUUCCGAGUUGCUUAAAGAGCGGGAAAUUACUCUACUUGGAGACAAAGCAAAUCUUGACUUAAACUUUCGUCACUUGCAAAUGGAAAAGAAAACACAGCAUGAAAUUCACACACGCAAAGUUCGAGAAAAGGACAGAGAUAUGCGUCUGCUGAAAAAAGCUAAACUGCAGCUGAAAGUGGCAGAAGAAAAUCUCGGUCACAUAAAAUCGAUUCAUGACAAAGUCAAGUCCCAGGUUAAUGCACUUCCCAAAGAUGAUGGCUCUUUGCUGAAAAAGAGAGAAGAGCUGCUGAAAGAAGUAGAGCAAGCAAAAAGGGCAUUGGCACAGCAAAAUUCACUGACAGCUGUUGAGCAUGUGAAGCUGGAGGCCAGUGCAGCAGAAGAGCAGAAUUUGUUGUAUGAACAAAGUGACCUUCGCAUUGAGGUUGUUGAACUGACCAGGCUUGCAGCUAUUAAGGCAGAUGAAAGAGAACAGAAAGCUCGAGAUUUCAUGCGAGCUGAGAUGAAAUAUCACCGAGCCGUGGAAGAUCUCAAAACCAAGAAGCUCCAGAUUCACGACCAUCAGAAAAAAUUUCAGGAAAUGCAGCUGAAGUUGAAAGAGUUUGCCAAAUUGUAUGACCUGAUAAAGACUGAGCGGAACAAAUGCGUCAACCUGAUUCAGACCUCAACCCAGAAAGCUGCCGAGAUGAGGGAAAAAAUUAAAAUCUUGCAAAAUGAGAUUGAGAUUAUACGCACAGCAGCCGUACAGAAAGACAAGAAUUUGCAGAAGCAAAGACUGAAGCAUAUGAACGCUAUUGUGAUGCGAGACUCACUUCGUAACGAGAUGUCCAAGCAACAACAGCUUCAGGAGGAGAUGAGAGAAAAUAGAGAACAGCAGAAAAUGGAAAUGGCAAAGCUCAACUUGAUGAUCAACCAAGGGGAGGAACAGAUGGUGAAACUGAGAAAAAGAUAUGAGGAAAAUGUGCAGCAUAGAAAUGAUAGAGGAAUAAAGCUGAUAGAGAGAAAUGAAGAAGUGUGUAUUUUCUAUGAAAAAGUCAACGUCCAAGAUCAAAUGAUACGCAAUGGAAAUGUAGAACUCAAGAGUAGAGAAGAAGAAAUCAGAUUUCUUGAACUUCAGCUGCAGGAAGAGAAGAGAGCUGUCCAGCUUUUACAGAAAACCAUGCCAAACAAAGUUAACACUGAAAAGGAGUUGGUUAAUUUACAAAUUCAGUUACAACAAUGCCAGGAUCUUGUAAUUGGCCUGGAGAAGAACCUGGAAAAUCCCUUUGAUGAAACAAGAGUGAGGUAUCUCCCUGGGAAAGACCUGGCACCUUUAGAGAUACAGAGAAAGGUGGAAGAGCUGGAAACAAGAUUGGCAGAGAAGGAAGAAAAGUUGCUGGAGAAAGAUCUUGUCUUAGAUCAAGUUGAGAGAGUUCUGGGUCGAGUUCAACAUAAGGCAGAGGCAGGCAGAACUGACACUUUGAACUUGGCCAAAAAUGUGAAUGAAAUACAAGCCAGAAUCAAAGACAUCACUCGCAAAAUGAUGGCCGUGGUGUCGGAGCUCUCAAUGAAUCAAGCCCAGGCGAUGAAGCUUCAGCAGGAAGUGAAAGAGAAGGAGGCUGAACUAGAGCAGUGCUACUUGAGGAUGGAGAAAGGAGAGCCUCCAUCGCAAGAGAUUGAGUUGGAGUGGUUAAAGUUGGUGUGGAGUGCACAGAGGAGCAUAGAAGAGCAAGAAGCCAGGAGACAGAUGGAAGAGGAAGAGGCCCUAUACCAGACAGCAGGUGGCAUGUACACUACGGCUGAGCCUCGACCCAAUGCCUACAUUCCUACAGAUGAGAGUGAACUUCCCAUACCACGACCAUAUGGUGGCCAUGCUCCAUUCAAACCAACUGAGCAAGGUUCCACUAUGAGACAUAUUAGAAAACCAGUUCCAAAACCUAUAGAGAUUUAG